AUGGCGACCUCCAGUGAGAGCUCAGAAACCAGCGAAAGCACACUGAGGAAAAGACGUGGCGAUAGAUCGAACUCAGAUGCCAUUUCGAGUGACAGUAACAGUGAAACAAUUCAAGAAGAAGAGCUUUUCAAAUAUGAAAAGAAAGGAGUUAUUUCUUUACAAACUGGGACUUUUUGGCUCACUCGAAUUGUGCUGUUGCGAUCAAUUGCUUUCAUCUACUUUGUUGCUUUCAGCGUGGCCUACAACCAGAAUAAACAGCUGAUUGGAGACAGAGGGCUAAUGCCAUGUAAAGAGUACCUGCGCAGUGUUAAACGUUAUGUGGGAGGCAAGAUUGGUACGGCUGCCCUGGCAUACACCCCCUCAAUAUUAUGGUUCCUUGACUGGAGUGACAUGGAUGCCAACCUUGAUGGCAUUGCACUGGCAGGCCUGGCACUGUCUGGCUUUGUCUUAGUAACAGGAAGGGCCAAUAUGUUUAUUAUGGCACUACUGUGGAUCCUUUACCAUUCUCUUGUGAAUGUUGGUCAACUCUGGUAUUCCUUUGGUUGGGAGAGCCAGUUACUAGAGACAGGAUUUCUGGGUAUCUUUCUGUGCCCGCUCUGGAGCCUGGAACAGCUGCCCAGGAACUGCCCUCCUUCCCUCAUUACUAUCUGGACCUUCCGCUGGCUCAUUGUACGCAUAAUGCUUGGUGCGGGGCUGAUAAAGAUCAGGGGAGACCGCUGCUGGAGAGAUCUAACUUGCAUGGACUACCACUAUGAGACCCAGCCAGUGCCAAACCCCAUGUCGUACUACAUGCAUCGAUCUCCUUGGUGGUUCCAUCGUUUUGAGACGCUUAGUAACCACUUCAUCGAGCUUAUUGUACCUUUCUUUACCUUCAUGGGCAGACGAAUGUGUAUGGUGAACGGAGCCCUGCAGAUCCUCUUUCAGGUGGCUCUGAUAAUAAGUGGAAACCUGAGCUUUCUGAACUGGCUUACCGUGGUACCAAGCUUGGCCUGCUUUGACGAUUCAGCUUUGGCGUUUCUGUUCCGCCCUUCUGGAGGACCAAGGCAGACACUACUGAAGAUUCAAGCUGAGGAGACUGCAGGAAAGACUCCACCACCCACCAAAGGUCUGUUGAUAAGGCGGGUGUUGAAUGUGUCUCUGGGUGUUCUGAUAGCGUACCUGAGCAUUCCUGUGGUGAUGAACCUGUUCAGUGCCAAACAGAUCAUGAACACGUCCUUCGAUCCUCUUCGCAUUGUCAAUACAUAUGGAGCCUUUGGCAGCAUCACUAAAGAGCGGACUGAGGUGAUUCUGCAGGGCACGCUGAGCGCGGACCCCUCGGACCCUGGGGCAGUAUGGGAGGAAUAUGAGUUCCGGUGUAAGCCUGGAAACGUGAAGCGUCGACCGUGUCUUAUCUCUCCAUAUCAUUACAGGCUGGAUUGGCUCAUGUGGUUUGCAGCUUUCCAGACGUAUGAACAGAGUGAGUGGGUAAUUCAUAUUGCAGGGAGACUUUUAGCUAAUGACUCCACUGUAUUGUCACUAAUGGAUCACAACCCUUUCCAGGGAAGACAAAAACCAAGGUGGAUACGUGGAGAACACUACAGGUAUAAGUUCAGUGAACCUGGCAGUUUGAAAGCUUCCCAAGGGAACUGGUGGAUCAGAAAACGCAUUGGACCCUAUUUCCCCCCUGUGGACCUUGCUGGACUCAGAAUGUACUUCCAGUCCAGGAACUGGCCACUUCCAGACAGUUAAUAACAUUCUGUCUCUGAAGGUGCUGGACAUUUUUAGCAGUUAAAUGGUCAAAGCCUUCAUCUGCCCAAUAUUCAAAGACAAAACUGAAUAAAAGCCUUGUCUACUCUGCUUUGACAACUGUGUGCCCUUGGUGCUGUCUUACAUAACAGAAAUGAGACAUCUUUUCUUUGGCCGUUUCAACAUCUCUGCAAAAAUAGCUUCAGAGGACUCAUCGCUGGGAGUAUAUCAGAGGAUGUAUGACAGCAAGGGUAGCUUUAAGGUAUA